GCUCACUUUCAAUCUUCAAAACCGUUUGCAUCCAACGACCGAAACAAAGACAUUUCCUCAUGACUUGAGCUUCGAGACUUGACCUCAAAUCAUGACAAUGACCUUCUUUGGAAAACUAAAGAACCUACACAGUGGACCUCCAGCUCCACCUAGAAGGACAGAUAACAAUGCGGAUUUUGGGUGGCCACAAGAUGAAUUUGAUGACGAGGAAGGUGACAUGUAUGAAGCGCCUCCCUGUGAGCGUCCAGCACUGAAAGUCCCACAAAGACAAGUGGAGGAGAACGUUUAUCUGGAGAGGACAUCCAAUCCUUCUCUUCCACAGAGACAGGCUGCUCCUCCACCCAGACCAGUCAAACCUUUGAAACCUCAACAGCGUUCUGAGGACUUCUUCCACGAUCUCAAAACUAAGAAACCACCUGAGAUAGACAGAAAUGAGAAGCCCGGGAGAAAAAAGCCUCCUCCUCCACCAGACCGCUCUGCUCCUGCUCCAGUUCCUUCAGCUAACGCAGAGGAAGAUGUGUAUCUGGAUCCAAAUGAAGAACAGGAAGACAAUGACGACCUGUAUUUGGAACCUACAGCUGCUUGCUCUCCUCCCCCUCGAGGGCCGAUGAGGAUGCCUCCAGCUCCCAAGACAGCAGUUGUGCCUUCUCCCACACCAAUAAUGAAGCCUCCAGUUCCCAGAGCUCAGUCUAAUUCUUUCUUGCCUUUUUUUAAUGAGCCUAAAGCAGCUGAAGUAAGACGUGCCACAUUUCCUCCCAAAAUCCCUCCACCAACCCCAAGUGUUAAACCCCCUCUGCCUCCAAACCUGAAGGAAGCCAAACCCAGCCUUCUGAAUCCUCCUAUGGCAGACACUAAGCCUGUGGCUUCCUCUGGUGGAGUGAGGGCAACCAAACAAUCUGGAAAUGAGGACAAAGAUUGGUUUGCUGGAGACUGCAACAGAAAGGCAGCCGAGGAUCUCUUAAUGAGGGUCAACAAGGACGGUGCCUUUCUCAUUCGACACAGCUCAGCCCAGAGCGCCCGGCAGCCAUACACCCUCGCAGUGCUCUACCAGCAGAAGGUGUACAACAUUCCUAUCCGCUUCCUUGGGGAGACACAAGGUUACGCCCUUGGAAAAGAGGGCAAGAAGAAUGAAGAGAUUUUUGGUACCCUCAACGAAAUGAUUUCUCACCACAAGAAUAACCAGCUGCUUCUGAUAGACAGCAAGAGCCAGGCCAAGCACACAGCGUAUUUAACCCACCCUGCACGCCCAUAAGACCUCAACACUAGGAGCUUCCCUCACAUUGUAUUCAUCUGGGUUAUAUGAGGAUAACUGCACAGUUUGAAAGUUUAACAUAGGCCUACUGUGUGUCACAAAAGUGUAACUACAACUUUAUGAAACCAGUCAAACGGCUAAAAGCAUUGUUUUCUUUAUUUUGUGACUGUAAUAGACAAUGAAAACGUUUUAUGCACUGAGGAGAUUUUGUAAAUGUCACAAACAUUUGCUCUAACAGCUAAACUCAGCUUAAACAUGAAGUUUGUCAAAGUAAUUUCCCUGUUUUAUUAUCAUUUUAACGACAACUACACAAUGUUAGCUGUUGACAUUUGUAUAAAUGAUGAUGUUGCUGUCAAAUGGAUCACUGUAUUUUGCUGACUUUUAAACAAACAACGUAUUUCUGCUAUUAUAAGAUAUCAAACCACAUCACAAGAGCUUCCCAGUUUGCAGCUGAAAUUUUCACCAUCACUUUGUACCUCUUGCUCAUUUUCAUUAUUACUGUAAAG